CGCGGCCAAGAUGGCCGACCGGGAAGACUGCUGCCGGGCGGAGCGGGAGCCGGAGCCAGGGCCAGGGUCCGCGUCGGAGCCCGGAGAGGAGUUUGAGAUAGUGGACCGGAGCCAGCUGCCAAGCCCGGGGGAGCUGCGGAGCGCCGCGAGGUCCCGGGCGACGGCCGAGGGCUGGUCUGUGCCCAUCCUGACCCUGGCGCGAAAGGCCACCGGGAACUUGUCGGCGAGCUGCGGGAGCGCGCUGCGUGCGGCUGCGGGGCUGAGCGGCGGGAACGGCGGCGGGGACGGCGCGGUGCGCGCAGCUUCCAAGGGCCAGAUGAUGGAGGAGCGUGCCAACUUGAUGCACAUGAUGAAACUCAGCAUCAAGGUCUUGCUCCAGUCUGCUCUGAGCCUGGGUCGCAGCCUGGAUGCGGACCAUGCCCCCUUGCAGCAAUUUUUUGUAGUGAUGGAACACUGCCUCAAACAUGGGCUGAAAGUUAAGAAGAGUUUUAUUGGCCAAAAUAAAUCUUUCUUUGGUCCUUUGGAGCUGGUGGAGAAACUUUGUCCAGAAGCAUCAGAUAUAGCUACUAGUGUCAGAAAUCUGCCAGAAUUAAAGACAGCUGUGGGAAGAGGCAGAGCUUGGCUUUAUCUUGCUCUCAUGCAAAAGAAACUGGCAGAUUAUCUGAAAGUACUUAUAGACAAUAAACAUCUCUUAAGUGAGUUCUAUGAACCUGAGGCAUUGAUGAUGGAGGAAGAAGGGAUGGUGAUUGUUGGUCUGCUGGUGGGACUCAAUGUUCUUGAUGCCAAUCUCUGCUUAAAAGGAGAAGACUUGGAUUCUCAGGUUGGAGUGAUUGAUUUUUCCCUCUACCUUAAGGAUGUGCAGGAUCUUGAUGGUGGCAAAGAGCAUGAAAGAAUUACCGAUGUCCUUGAUCAAAAAAAUUAUGUGGAAGAACUUAACCGGCACCUGAGCUGCACAGUUGGAGAUCUUCAGACCAAGAUAGAUGGUUUGGAAAAGACUAAUGCAAAGCUUCAGGAAGAGCUGUCAGCUGCAACAGAUCGGAUUUGUUCACUUCAAGAAGAACAGCAGCAAUUAAGAGAACAAAAUGAAUUAAUUCGUGAAAGAAGUGAAAAGAGCGUAGAGAUAACAAAACAGGACACCAAAGUUGAGCUGGAGACUUACAAGCAGACCCGGCAAGGACUGGAUGAAAUGUACAGUGAUGUAUGGAAGCAGCUAAAGGAGGAGAAGAAAGUUCGACUGGAACUAGAAAAAGAGCUGGAGUUACAAAUUGGAAUGAAAAUGGAAAUGGAAAUCGCCAUGAAGCUACUGGAAAAGGAUACCCACGAGAAGCAGGACACACUUGUUGCCCUACGCCAACAGCUGGAAGAAGUCAAAGCAAUUAACUUACAGAUGUUUCACAAAGUUCAGAAUGCAGAGAGCAGUUUACAACAGAAGAAUGAAGCCAUCACAUCUUAUGAAGGAAAAACAAAUCAAGUUAUGUCUAGCAUGAAACAAAUGGAAGAAAGGUUACAGCAUUCUGAAAGGGCAAGACAGGGGGCAGAGGAGCGGAGCCACAAGCUGCAGCAGGAGCUCGGCGGGAGGGUCAGCGCCUUGCAGCUGCAGCUGUCACAACUUCACGAGCAAUGUUCAAGUCUAGAGAAAGAGUUGAAAUCAGAAAAAGAGCAAAGACAAGCUCUUCAGCGAGAAUUACAGCAUGAAAAAGACACCUCCUCUCUGCUCCGAACAGAACUACAGCAAGUAGAAGGAUUAAAGAAGGAGCUGCGAGAACUCCAAGAGGAGAAGGUAGAGUUACAGAAGGUCUGUGAUGAGCAAGAACAAGCCCUCCAGGAAAUGGGACUGCACCUCAGCCAGUCCAAGCUGAAGAUGGAAGACAUAAAAGAAGUAAAUAAGGCACUUAAGGGUCAUACUUGGCUGAAAGAUGACGAAGCAACACACUGUAAGCAGUGUGAAAAAGAGUUCUCCAUUUCCCGGAGAAAGCACCACUGCCGGAACUGUGGGCACAUAUUCUGCAACACCUGUUCCAGCAACGAGUUGGCCCUGCCCUCCUACCCAAAGCCAGUUCGAGUGUGUGACAACUGCCACACAUUGCUGCUGCAGCGCUGCUCAUCCACUGCCUCCUGAGGCCUGGCCAGCCACCUUCAAGAGCCUCAGCAUGGAGGGCAGCCUCAGGUACAGUGCCAAACUCUGGGUCUCCAGGGAACACCAGAGGCUGGGGAAGUUUCCCAAGAGAAUCAGAGAAUGAGAUCUCCACUUGGUGGCUGUUGCUCCGAAGACAGUGUGCCAAGUGGCUGUUGAGCACCUAGUAUGAACUAACUGCAACUAACUGCUGGACUGAAACUCUUCCAUCUGCUUUGUUCCAUCACUGACUUUGGUCCAUAUGUAAACAUGAUUUCGCUGUCAUUUUUCACUUCUCAAAUUUAUCCUUUUUUAUAGCAGUUGUACUCUAGUAUGCAAUCAGUUUUUCUCCUCCCCAUAAUUUUUUAUUUGUGCAAUGCUUUAUAGCACAAAGCAUCUAUCCUUGUGCUUUAUCUGCUUUAGAGAUUUGCUCUUCCAUGUCCUUGUGAAUACCUUUUGUUGGCCAUGCAAUAAAGUCAUUUAUUUUUCC